AUGCUUGAAGAGAGAGAGAGUAAGGAGCCAGCCAUGAAUCUCUUCCAGACAAAUGAGUUCAAGGAAACUCCUUUUUUACCUGUCUCCCCUGAAGAGGUACCACCUCGACCCCCCAGCUUUCCAAAGAAGCCAUCUCCGAAAAUCUGUGGCUCCAACUAUCCACUGAGUAUUGUCUUCAUUGUGGUGAAUGAAUUCUGUGAGCGCUUUUCCUAUUAUGGCAUGAAAGCUGUGCUGACCCUGUAUUUCCUGUAUUUCCUGCACUGGAGUGAAGACACUUCCACAUCUGUAUACCAUGCCUUCAGCAGCCUCUGUUAUUUCACUCCCAUCCUGGGAGCAGCCAUUGCUGACUCAUGGUUGGGAAAAUUCAAGACAAUCAUCUAUCUCUCCUUGGUGUAUGUGCUUGGCCAUGUGAUCAAGUCCAUGGGUGCCUUACCAAUACUGGGGGGACAAAUGUUACACACAGUCCUGUCAAUGGUCGGCUUGAGUCUAAUAGCUUUGGGGACAGGAGGUAUCAAACCCUGUGUGGCAGCUUUUGGUGGAGACCAGUUUGAAGAAAAACAUGCAGAGGAACGGACUAGAUACUUCUCAGUCUUCUACCUCUCCAUCAAUGCAGGGAGCUUGAUUUCUACAUUUGUCACACCCAUGCUGAGAGGAGAUGUGCAAUGUUUUGGGAAAGACUGCUAUGCAUUGGCUUUUGGAGUUCCAGGAUUGCUUAUGGUGAUAGCUCUUGUUGUGUUUGCAAUGGGAAGCAAAAUAUACAGAAAACCACCUCCUGAAGGAAACAUAGUGACUCAAGUUGUCAAAUGUAUCUGGUUUGCCAUUUCCAACCGUUUCAAGAACCGUUCUGCGGACAUUCCAAAGCGAGAGCACUGGCUGGACUGGGCAGCUGAGAAAUACCCAAGGCAGCUCAUUAUGGAUGUGAAGGCACUGACCAGGGUACUGUUUCUUUAUAUCCCAUUGCCCAUGUUCUGGGCUCUUUUGGAUCAGCAGGGCUCACGAUGGACCUUGCAAGCCACCAGGAUGAAUGGGAAUUUGGGGUUUUUUGUGCUUCAGCCUGACCAGAUGCAGGUACUAAAUCCCUUUUUGGUUCUUAUCUUCAUCCCACUGUUUGACUUUAUCAUUUAUCCUCUGGUCUCCAAGUGUGGCAUUAACUUCACAUCACUUAGGAAAAUGGCUGUUGGUAUGAUCCUAGCAUGCCUGGCCUUUGCAGUUGCUGCUACUGUAGAGAUAAAAAUUAAUGAAAUGGCCCCACCCCAACCAGAUUCCCAAGAGAUUUUCCUACAAGUCUUGAAUCUGGCAGAUAAUGAGGUGAAGGUUACAGUGCUGGGAGAUGAAAACAACUCUCUGUUGGCAGAGUCCAUCAAAUCCUUUCAGAAAAUGCCACACUAUUCCAAACUCCACCUGAAGACAAAAAGCCAGAAUUUCCACUUCCAACUGAAAUAUCACAAUUUGUCUGUCUACACUGAGCAUUCUGUGGAGGAGAAAAAAUGGUACACUCUGAUCAUUCGAGAAGAUGGGAAAAGUAUUUCUAGCAUGAUGGUAAAGGAUGAAGAAAACAAAACAACCAAUGGGAUGACAGCCAUGAGGUUUGUUAACACUUUGCAUGAAGAGAUCAACAUCUCCCUGGGUACAGAUACCUCCCUCAGUGUUGAAGAAGACUAUGGUGUGUCUGCUUACAGAACUGUGCAAAGAGGAGAAUAUUCUGCGGUGCCUUGUAGAACAAAAAAUGAGGAAUUUUCACUGAAUUUGGGUCUACUAGACUUUGGUGCAGCUUAUCUGUUUGUUAUUACUAAUAGCACCAGUCAGGGUCCUCAGGCCUGGAAGAUGGAAUAUAUCCCAGCCAACAAAAUGUCCAUCGCAUGGCAGCUACCACAAUAUGCCCUUGUUACAGCUGGGGAGGUCAUGUUCUCUGUCACAGGACUUGAGUUUUCUUAUUCUCAGGCUCCCUCUAGCAUGAAGUCUGUACUCCAGGCAGCCUGGUUGUUGACAGUUGCAGUUGGGAACAUCAUCGUGCUUAUUGUGGCACAGUUCAGCAGCCUGGUACAGUGGGCCGAAUUCAUUUUGUUUUCCUGCCUCCUGCUGGUGGUCUGCCUGAUCUUCUCCAUCAUGGGCCACUACUAUGUUCCUAUAAAGCUAGAGGAUAUUCAGGGGUCAGCAGAUAAGCAGAUUCCCCAAAUCCAAGGAAACAUGAUCAACCUGGAGACCAAGAAGACAAAGCUCUAAUGACUCCCUGGACUCUGCCCAGACCCCAAUUCCUGACUCUGAUCUUGGCCAUCACCAUCUUUAAGCAUUUCUCACUCCGACUUGAUUAGAAGAGAGAAGUAGUAUCAUAUCUGAGCUAACCUCCUCUAUUUUUCUCCCAUGAUAGAGGCAGUUCUAGGACUGGGUUUUUCAGUACAUUAUAGCAAGUCCCCUGAGACUCUAUGUCUUCCCAUCUCUCAGUGAACUCGGUAAACCUUGUGUAGUGUUGCUGAAGCUGGCCUGCUACCUCCAAAUGGCCAUGAAAAACACAAAUGUAAAAUUGAGGUUAGUCUCUGUGGUUAUCAAAGUUAUGUAGGAAUUGUUUUACCUGCCAUUUAGAACUGAUGACCCCACUUUUUGAAGUGCUGAUUUAGAGGCAAAAUUGCAGAAUAACAGAGAAAUGGUAUUUCAAGUUUCUUCAUUAGCAGUGUAAUUGUACUGUGUACAAGGACCUCAAGAAUUGGUAUGUCUGGUGUGAUCUGGUCCAGGGCCUGGCUUCUCAGGUAUCCAGAUUUGAUAAGACCGUAGUUAAUUUUUCAGUACAGAGAGUAGGAAACAAAAUGACAUUUUAUUAACACAUAGGAGAAGAUAUAUCUUUCUGAUAAUUACAGUAUUUUAUCCACUAACCCAAAUCCCCUUUCUCAGUACUGAUAGAUAUUUGGAAACCAAAUUAAAGAUAGUAAACAUGGCUCUGGAAAAGAGAACAAGUAUAAAUUGCAGAAGUCCUGAUGAGCCAUUUCUUCUACAGUGUACAUUCUUCUUAGGGACUACAAUGUUUCAGCCCUAGAGUACGCCCUCCUGUGGACAGCUGUGUAGACACUAAUUAUAAUUUUCCACCCCUGCCUUUUCAAUGUUGUUGGGCCAGCUUUGUCUUAUUAUUACAUCAUCUUGCUUAUUGCAACAAGUAUUUAAUAACAACAGUAUUUUUAUGAACAUAACUUCCUUUUUUAUUAGUACUUCCUUCGGCCUCAAAGUAGUGGAUCUGUUUUGAUAAUUUUUCCUGUUUUACUUUUCCCAAAAUUUUUAAAUGCCAUUUCUUCAUUUAGGCCUAGAUUUUCCUGUUUAUUAAAAAAAAAAGUUAUAUUAAUACUCUAGGUUUGAGCUUCUAAAAUGGCAGUGCUCCAUGGGGGACAUGGUCCCAUAUCAGGAUUCUAACAAAAUGUGGGGGUUGAGGGAAGGAGUGGUAGAACAUGACAGGUUUUUGUUUGUUGCUGUGUUGGCGAAAGAAGUUGAGAAAUAUUACCUUGCACACAAUGAAUGAAUCAGUGGACAGACAUGGGAAUAUCAUGACUCUACAGUGUAUUGCUGGGGGAAAAGUUCAGAACAGUUGUCCUAGAGAGCCUCAUUUCCAUUGGUUUUGCUCCAUUAUUCUCAUCUAGAACUGUGUUGAGUCAGUCUCACGUUAUAAACGUAACAAGGAAAGUUGCUUAAGUUUCCCAAGCUUUAAUACUCUAGUCUUAGUUACCAAGUUUUCCGAAGUACCGAAGUGACAGCAACACCAUCCAGUUUCCACAGAUAUCUUAAUGUGAACCUGACUGUGCUUCUUCAGAAGAUUCUCUGUUCAUUUUUGAGCAGCUUUAACUCAAUCUGUUCUAUGAACUAUUGUUUCAAGAGAUAGUAACAGUGCUCUGUGAAUAAAAGUUUUUAUGGAUAAAUAA